AGGGUGUGCUGUGUUCGGCUUGGCAUCGACAACCCUUCCGUUCACGAUUAGAACGGGCGAUCGCCGUCGCUCAAGUGAUCUGACCGCGCAGGUUCUCCUUCGCCCAUGGAGGCUGCCCGCAGGAACGUCAAGAUUACGAGCCGGAUCAGCCUUUGCAGCAGCUCAGGCAGAGAGUGCCGCGUCAGCAGAGCCACAGGAGAGUGACCCGUGGAAGGUGAAGGUGCUAUAUGACGGGGACUGCCCAAUCUGCAUGAAGCAGGUGGAUUUCCUCUCAGCGCGCAACAAGCAGUACCAAACACUCAAGUUCGUGGAUAUCUCCUCAGAGGACUAUGACCCCGAUGAGAAUGGCGGAGUCGAGUACGAGGAGGCAAUGGGUCACAUGCACGGGGUCCUUCGGGAUGGCACAGUUGUCAAAAGCAUGGAUGCGUUCCGAAGCUUCUACGAUGCAGUUGGGCUGGGCUGGAUCAUCAAUGUCACCAACUUCCCCCCGGUCAUCCGGGUAUCCAGGCUGCUUUCGAGGAACGCAAACGGACCAAGUAUGGUAUUAAGGGCUGCACAGAAGAAGACCCAUGUGAGGUGGAAUACUGAUGGUGGAAAUGAAGUGACGUCGAGAAUCUUCGGCGCCGUGGUAAGAAUCAGGAUGGCGAAUCCAGUCACAGCACGCCAACACCUCACCUCCCUCCUCGUCGCAUCGCUAGUCCUCGGAUUAAUCUGCGUUCCAGCGGCAAUCGCGGCGUCGGAACUGGAAGAUGCCAUCAAAAAGGCGAACGCGAGAGGCGCAAGCGCGGCCCCGACAGUGCUCGUCCUCACAUCCAACGUGGCGCUCACAGCACCCCUCCCCGCCCUCUCAGGCGCAGCCAAGCUGACAGUCAAGGGCGCGUGUGCCCCUUCCAGGUGCAUCAUCAGCGGGGAAGGCGCCUUCCCCAUAUUCACUUCCCCCUCGGCCGGCCCCACUGGGGGGGUGUUGACUCUGGUCAACCUUAAAUUUCAGCGGGCGGCAGGAGGCGUCCUGUUCAACGUGCGGGCGGCAGUCAACGCGAGUCAAUGCGUGUUCUUGAGCAACACGGCUCCUGGGAUUGGCGGAGGGGUGCUCAGCGACUCCUUCCCUGGAACCGCCACCCCUCCGUACCGCCUCUUCUCGCGCUGCACCUUUCAGAGCAACACGGCACCCAUCUUGGGGGGCGGCGCCGUCAGCAUCAACGCGGGGAGCCCGCUGGGCCGCGUGCCGCCGCUCUACUUCCACCGCUGCCUCUUCAAGGACAACACCGCGCCCAGAAGCCUCGGAGGGGCGAUUUCGGUGGCGGGGAACGGCAAGGUGCGGUUCAAGACGUGUGUGUUUGACGGCAACAAUGCUGGUGCAUCUGGGGGAGCCAUCUUCUCAUACGGCGCAUCCCUUGCGCUCGCCCGAGUAACCUUCAAGACCAACAGGGCCCUCGGCACCUCCCUUGCCGGCUCCUUCUCUUCGGGUCUUGGCGGUGCUCUCUAUGCCGUCUCAGGCCUCCUCACCCAAUCCUCUCUCAGCUUCUGCUCGUCGACCUUUUCGGGCAACUCGGGCAGCGCCGUGAACGGCGGCUCGCUGUACCUGCAGAAGGCGCCGGGCAGCCCAAAGUUUACGGGCGUGGUGACGUUUUGCAGCGGGAGCAAGCCGGCUGGGUCGGUGGUGCCCAAGAAUGGGUGGCGCGUGGGGAGCCAAUGCACAGCCAGCACCUGUGCUUGA